AUGAUCGUCAAAUCAGUGUCUCCGCCGCCCAAGCGGACGAAAAUAUUUCAUCUAUCCCAUCUGGACCAGAACGUGGUUCGAGUGUAUACGCAGACAUUAUCUAUAUUUCCAUUCCCCGAUCAAAAUGAAGCAGAGGCAGCUAUCCACGCUCUGACCGCGGGGCUUCGCCUCUCUCUGAAGAGGUUUCCAUUUCUCGCUGGUACACUCACAUUGGCCAAUCGAGAAACAGGAAGACUGGCCUUGGAGUAUCCAGUCGAAAUUUCAGACGAAGAGAUGGCUUGCAUGUUCCGGUCGAGGCAAAUUCCGUUACAUCCUGAGACCUUUCCGCACACUUACGAGCAACUUAAACGACGAGGAAUGCCGCCAAGUGCUUUCAAGAGCGCCACGUUUGUGCCAGAAGAUUUUGCCAACUACCCAGGCAUUCCAGCCAAUGGAGAAGGCAAAGUCGACUUCGAGAAAAGCGACGCACCAGCUAUGAGAGUUCAGGCCUAUUUCAUCCCUGGUGGCCUUGUUCUGUCUAUGUAUAUGCAUCACAGCGUCUUGGACUUCUCUGGCGUCACCACCUUUUGGCAAACCUACUGCGCAAAUGUCUCCCGGGUCUCUGGACUACGAACGCUCGAAGAACAUGAGCGUUUUGAAUCUUCGAGCGUAGCCGAUGCUCAGUCAAAGAUGCGGGUCGCGAUCGACAAUGUCCCAUCAAGACCAGGUGAUGUUCAGGUUGCAGAUUGCUACUGCGAUGGGACGUACGAAUAUCGCAAGACUUUACCCAGGGACACCAAGUGUACUCAACGACUUCUGGUCAUUCCGGCGGCGCGUGUUCGGGCUUACCGAGAACGGCUCCGACCGCAUUUCCCCAAGGAUACCCCUCCAACUAUGUGCAACGUCCUGGCUGCUCUAGUAUGGACUCACGUCACUCGAGCAAGAGCAGAUCGCUUGAUCAAGAGUAAGUAUACGACAACAAACAUCGGCAUUGCAACAGAUCUGCGAAGGCGGCAACAACCCCCGGUACCAGCAGAUUACAUGGGCAACAUGGCGCUCUUCUCUCGAGGUACGCUCAACGUCGCUGACCUGACAGCGGAGAACCAUGUCACACAACGCACCAUCAUCGAUGUCAUACGGAAGAUUAAGAGCACGAUACUCGGGGUCGACAAUGACUGGAUAUCACGCCACCUGGCCUUCUUCAAAUCCAUUGAGCGCAUCACCGACACAGAAUGCGCAUUGGCCUUGAGUUUUGGAGCCGACAUCUACAUCACCUCGUGGCUGAACUUCGGAGCAGAUUUGCGCUGGGGUAUACCUGGUACCGAUCUUGCUGAAAAGUCACUCAAUGGCCGGCCUGAAUUCAUCCGACGAUCGUAUGGUCCAGGAGACGGCGGUAUUAUAUUCCUCCCACGUAGGAGACAGCCUAUGAAUGGCACAGAAGCACCCUUCGAAAUCCUGGUUCGACUUGCAGAAGAGGAUAUGGACCGCGUGUUAAAGGAAGAAGGCGGUCUGAGUAGUUGGGCGGAUGCUGCGAUUGAGUGA